UGGGUACUUUCCCUUCUCAUCAUCGUUCCAAUCUCAUUCCCCAGCUCUCUGAGAUUCUCAAACCCCAGUCUGAAACAUUUUCAGUUCCCUCCACUAGUAACUCAAAGACGAGGGAGGAAAGAAGACGAAGAUUAAAUUUAAUGUUCUUGAAACUGACUUGUCACAUGAGUUCAUUGAAAGACAAUGAGAAGAUCCUUAAUUACAAUGAUGUUAUACUGAGGAGAUCAGAUUUAGAUAUUCUAAGUGGUCCACAUUUCCUCAAUGACCGCAUUAUAGAGUUAUAUUUCAGCUAUCUGGCUUCUUGCUAUCACUCCAAAGACAUCUUACUUGUUCCACCUUCAAUCUCCUUUUGGCUUACAAACUGUCCAGAACUUGAGAGCCUUAAAGAUUUCACUGAACCUCUCAAGCUUCCUGAUAAGAAGCUCAUUAUAUUGGUUGUCAAUAAUAAUGAUGAAGUGACCAUGGCUGAAGGUGGGACUCAUUGGUCCCUACUUGCAUAUGAGAGAUCUACAAACACUUUUGUGCAUCAUGAUAGCAUCGCUGGAUCCAAUAGCUUACAUGCCAAGAGGCUACGGAAAGCUUUGCUUGGGUUUAUAGGUUCCUCUUGUUCAGAAACUGAUGGUCGCUAUUUGGAAUACACUGAUACACCACAACAAACGAAUGGUUAUGAUUGUGGUUUGUAUGUUUUAGCCAUUGCAAAAGUGAUAUGCCAUUGGCAUGAAAGUGCUGGGUCCAAAGACAAUGUUGCAUUGUGGUUUUCUACUUUGAAGGAGCAGGUUGUUCCAUCAGCAGUGGCCAAGAUGCGGAAUGAGAUUUUGAGCCUCAUUAAAGAUCUGAUGUUGAAGAACUGAAGUCUGAUAACUUUAGGGAAGGAUUGAAAAUAGUUUGUGUAGUGUGUGCGUCGCGAGGAAAAUUUACUGGUUUAGAGGAAAAAUAUUUAUAGAAUACAUGUUCAGCCUUGUAUGGAUGAUAGCAACACUUCAAGUUCACUUGGUUUUAAACUUCUAACAAUCGUUUGUAG